GAAAAAAAAUCGGUACCGUACCAUAACCUAACAUGUUUCUAAAUUGUAACUGACUGGAUUACAGGAACUGAUUCUAACUUAUAAAGUAAAUCUUAAUGGUAGUUAUUAUACGUUAUUUGAUUAAUCGUCACUUAUAAUAUAACACCACAAAGUUUUAUCUUAUUGUGAUUAAGCUAUUGGUUAAAUCCCUGUAAAUGAAUAUUUGUAAAUAAACAAAAUGACUACAAAUCCAAGAAAAGGCACUGAUCCAGUGCCUGCGGAGGAAAGCGAUCAAUUGACAAUAAGACCACUUGGAGCUGGCCAAGAAGUUGGCAGAUCAUGCAUCAUGUUGGAGUUCAAAGGGAAAAAGAUAAUGUUGGACUGUGGCAUCCAUCCUGGUUUGUCUGGAAUGGACGCCCUACCCUUCAUAGACCUUAUAGAGGCAGACGAAGUGGAUCUUCUGUUAGUUUCACAUUUUCAUUUGGACCACAGUGGAGCCCUUCCGUGGUUCCUGACGAAGACUUCCUUCAAAGGUCGAGUUUUCAUGACACAUGCCACUAAGGCUAUCUACAGAUGGCUCGUUUCUGAUUAUAUUAAAGUUAGCAACAUAUCAACAGAACAAAUGUUGUAUACGGAAUCGGAUCUAGAAAAUUCAAUGGACAGAAUAGAAACUAUAAACUUCCAUGAAGAAAGAGAUGUACGGGGUGUCAAAUUUUGGGCUUACAAUGCUGGACAUGUACUCGGAGCAGCCAUGUUUAUGAUUGAAAUAGCUGGAGUCAAGAUAUUAUACACGGGAGAUUUUUCAAGACAAGAGGAUAGACAUUUGAUGGCUGCAGAGAUACCGACGGUUCAUCCUGAUGUUUUGAUUACUGAGUCCACGUACGGCACGCACAUCCACGAGAAGCGCGAGGAGCGGGAGAGUCGCUUCACGGGGCUGGUCAGCGACAUCGUGGGGCGCGGCGGCCGCUGCCUCAUCCCCGUGUUCGCGCUGGGCCGCGCGCAGGAGCUGCUGCUCAUACUCGACGAGUACUGGUCGCUGCACCCCGAGCUGCAAGACAUUCCCAUAUACUACGCGUCCUCACUGGCCAAGAAGUGCAUGGCGGUGUACCAGACCUAUGUUAACGCGAUGAACGACCGCAUCCGGCGCCAGAUCGCUAUCAACAACCCCUUCGUGUUUAGACACAUCUCCAACCUGAAGGUCUACGCCAAUAAGGGUAUAGACCACUUUGAGGACAUAGGGCCGUGCGUGAUCAUGGCGUCCCCGGGCAUGAUGCAGUCGGGAUUGUCUCGGGAGCUGUUCGAGUCCUGGUGCACCGACCCUAAGAACGGAGUCAUCAUUGCGGGUUACUGCGUGGAGGGGACGUUGGCGAAGACGAUCCUGUCGGAGCCGGACGAGAUCACGACCAUGUCCGGUCAGAAGUUGCCGCUGCGGAUGUCCGUGGACUACAUCUCGUUCUCGGCGCACACCGACUACCAGCAGACCUCGGAGUUCAUCAACAUCCUGAAGCCGCCGCACGUGGUGCUGGUGCACGGCGAGCAGAACGAGAUGUCCCGGCUGCGCGCGGCGCUGGAGCGGGAGCACCGCGGCGCCAUCCUGGUGCACACGCCGCGCAACACGCAGCCCCUCGCGCUCUGCUUCCGCGGAGACACCACCGCCAAGGUGAUGGGUUCCCUGGCGGUAGACCCCCCCAAGGAAGGUCAGGAGCUGCAGGGCAUCCUCGUCAAAAGAAACUUCAACUAUCACAUUCUGGCGCCCGCAGACCUCAACAAGUACACGGAGCUGGUCCAGUCGGAGGUGACGCAGCGGCAGUCGCUGCAGUACGCGGGCUCGGUCCCGCUGCUGCGCCACGUGCUCAUGCAGCUCGCCGGACACAUCGACUUCCUCUCGGAGACCAGGUGGCGCCUCUACUCCUGCAUCGAGCUCACCAUCGAGAGCAGCACCAUAGUGCUCGAAUGGCGCGCCGGGCCCGUGGCCGACAUGUACGCCGACGCGCUGGUGGGCGCCGCGCUGUCCGCCGCCGCGCUCGCCGCGCCCGCCGCCACGCACCCGCCGCUCGCGCCCAAGCUCGACCGCAUGCACUUCAAGGAGUGCGUUAUAGAAAUGUUCCAAGACAUGUUCGGUGAAGACUCCGUGCCGAAGAUGUUUAAGGGAGACAAGCUGUACGUCACCGUCGACGACAAGCGCGCCGACAUCGACCUGCAGAGCAUGGAGGUCCGGUGUCCCGAGGAGCCGUCGCUGGCGUCGUGCGUGAGGUCGGCGCUGCAGCACCUGCACGCCGCGCUGUCCCCCGUGCGCCCGCCCCCCGGCGCCCCGCCCCCCGCGCCGCCCCCCGCCGACUCGUGACGCACUCGUGUAUCUAAACGUUUCUCAAUAAACAUGCAAUUGAUUGUGAUAAACUA